CCCUUAAAACCGCUUUCUUUCAAGCUACUGUUUGUCUUAUAAGAAGGAGAGCCCCCCUCCAAUAAGGUCAUACAUCUGUUUAUUCAGCAGGGUUGGAGUACUCAUCUGCUGUCCCUCUUAUGCAGGUCAGGUGUAAUAUUUUUUGAGCUUUUCUUUCUGACAACUUAGGAUCCCUAAUUUGUUCUACCGCUACUUUGGCCAGCCUUGAUACUUUGCUGGAGGAGCUCUUUGGACCCACUCUGAUGAAGUUCUUAGCAGGCUGGAGAUGAGACGGAGGCUCUAUCAUGAGGACAUAUCCUUGGCAUGGGUGUCUUUGUGCCACAAGAAGCAGGAAUUGUCAGUGAGCUCAGUGACAGCCAGUUCUUCAUCAAGGCUUCAGGUGUAUCUGAGAACUUACUCAUCACGGGAGUUCUGCAAUGCUCACAGCCGUCUGUGGUUCUCUUGGCAACCAGUGCUCAGAGACACCUUGUUCUUCUCCAACCCACUUGGAGCUGCAGCCUCUGCAAACCUAUCAACCUCACACCAGCCCAGAGAGUGGGGGAGAUUUCCCAUCCCCCCUACAGCCCACAGAACUCCAGCACUUGCCUUUGGCUGCACCUGACACGGAGUACUCGGGUAACAGUGGUUAUGAACUACAUGGGUCUUCAAGGGUAGACCUGGACGGUGAAAGCCAGCUGCCACCCGGGUCAUACUCUAAGCUUUUACAAGCAACACCAGAUAUGUCUCAGCAUUAUGAACCUUGGUUUAGGCCUACACAUUCAGGCAAUACCACUGAUGACAGUAAUGUCAACCCAUGGUGGGAUCUCCAUGCUGGAUCUAGCUGGAUGGAUCUUCAGAGUGGUCUCCAACCACCAGGCCACACAAGUGGGCUUCAGCCAGCAUUGGGUGGCUAUGGUUCUGCAGAACAUCAACUCUGUGGCCCACCUCACCAUCUGCUGCCUUCAGCACCACAUCUCAUGAGCCAGGAAGUUAUCAAAUCCCUGGAUUCUACUCAAGAGCCUCACCCUAUGGAGCAAGCUGGGGAUGGUAGUGGUAGGCCAAAGAGCUCAAGGCGUUCAGUGACCCGGAGCUCUGGCCAAGCUGCUUGUCGGUGUCCUAACUGUCAAGAAGCCGAAAGGGUGGGCCAAUGCCCUGACAAUUCCAAGAAGAAGCAUCUCCACAACUGUCAUAUUCCUGGCUGUGGCAAGGCAUAUGCCAAGACAUCCCAUCUGAAGGCCCACUUGAGGUGGCACAGUGGUGACCGUCCCUUUGUCUGCAAUUGGUUGUUCUGUGGAAAGCGCUUCACCCGUUCUGAUGAAUUGCAGAGACACCUUCAGACCCACACAGGAACCAAAAAAUUCACCUGCCCUGUUUGCAACCGAGUCUUCAUGAGAAGUGACCAUCUAAGCAAGCACAUGAAGACACACGAUGGUGCCAAGGAAGAAGCAGAAGGAGAGGCUAAAACUGGGACAGAGCUUCCUGCCAAAAUCAAACAGGAACCUGAGGGAAGCUCUUCAAGUGCUACUUCCCAAUCUAAUUGAGCCUUUUUUCCCCAUCAAGGAUGUCCAGCCCUUCCUAUCUCUCUAUCAUGGUCACUCCUGGGUCUUUCCUACUCAAGGCUAUA